AGAACGCCUAUUACACUGCACACUAGACUAAAACUAUUACAGAAUUUUAUUUGGCAGACAUCCAAUUACAAUAAUAAUAAUAAUAAAUAGCAAAAUAAACACUUUUAGCUCUUUUUUUUUCUUUUAGAACAGUUACUGUAUUCAAUGCUUUGUGAUUAAUAGUUAUUUCUAAUAACAAUUAUUAUUUGUUUGUUUGUUUGUAACGAUGGAACAUGUAAAUACUGAUCAAAUUCAUGACAAUGAAUUGAAAAUGACAACUACAAAAUCUAUCCAUAAUAUUACUACUUCAAUAGGAGGAGGUAUCAGUGAGACAACAGAAUAUCAUAUCAUUACUGAUACCUACUGGACUGAGAAAGAACAAAGGGCUACAGUUAUUAUAGCCGUAGCGUUAGUAGCAAUUAUCACAAUUUGUGUGAUUUUAAUUAUUCUACGAACAUUGAGAAAGAAAUCGAAUAAAACAUCCCGCGGAUUUCCGAUUACGAACCAAAGGAAAACAUUUCAAUCCGAUAAAAUUAACAAAGUAGAAGAGAGAGGAAAUUAUUCGUGUAUGUCCAAUGAUAACCAUAGCGAACCUAAGUGGAUUGUGCAGCAACAAUUAACAGUAGGCCAUACAUCUGAUAGGAUAAGGAAAGUCCCGACAAGUAAGUUUAAGCGUAACUCAUAAAGAACAUCUUCGGUAUCUUUUUUUCCCAAUAGGAAACCCCGAAAACAAGAAAUGGUACGAUUCAGCAGCAAUUCCUUUUAUGGAUGAUGUCUCGUCAUCGACGGACAACCUGCACACAGAUCAACUUAAGAAUCAACAAAUAUGAUUAGAUGUAUAUAGCUUCAGUAUGUAAAGAUAAUCACUAAUAAGUUAAUGUGUAAUUAUUGAGUCUUUUUUUAUUAAGAUCAACGAUCAAACGUUUUUGUUAGAUAUUACCCCCAAAUAGACCGAGUGGGGUGGGCCCGCCCGCCCUCUCGAAAUGCUCACACAUGACCACGCGUAUAACGCCUCCGCCAGGGAAGUCCUACUCACUGCCUUC